ACGCUAUCCGUUGGAGCAGUUUCGUCCCAAGUUGGUUUCAUUUUCCUAUAUAAUAAGCCAUUCCCCUCCAUUUGUUCAUCAUCUAAUCCUCAAUUUGUUCUCUGAAUCUCUUCUCUCAUCUCCGUCGCAUUCGUGUUCAUAUCUCAAGAUGCAGAUCUUCGUCAAAACCCUAACCGGAAAGACUAUCACCCUCGAGGUGGAGAGUUCCGACACCAUUGACAACGUCAAGGCCAAGAUCCAGGACAAGGAAGGAAUCCCCCCGGACCAGCAGAGGCUUAUCUUCGCCGGAAAACAGCUCGAGGACGGCCGUACCCUCGCCGAUUACAACAUCCAGAAGGAGUCCACCCUCCACUUGGUGCUCCGUUUGAGAGGAGGCAUGCAAAUCUUCGUCAAAACCCUAACCGGAAAAACCAUCACUCUCGAGGUCGAGAGCUCCGACACCAUUGAUAACGUCAAGGCUAAGAUUCAGGACAAGGAGGGAAUCCCCCCGGACCAGCAGAGGCUAAUCUUCGCCGGAAAACAGCUCGAGGACGGCCGCACCCUCGCCGACUACAACAUCCAGAAGGAAUCCACUCUCCAUCUCGUGCUCCGUUUGAGAGGAGGCAUGCAAAUCUUCGUCAAAACCCUAACCGGCAAGACCAUCACUCUGGAGGUUGAAAGCUCAGACACAAUUGAUAAUGUCAAGGCCAAGAUCCAGGACAAGGAAGGAAUCCCCCCAGAUCAGCAGAGACUUAUCUUCGCCGGAAAACAGCUCGAGGACGGCCGUACCCUCGCCGAUUACAACAUCCAGAAGGAAUCCACUCUUCACUUGGUGCUCAGGCUCCGCGGUGGAAUGCAGAUCUUCGUGAAGACCCUCACUGGAAAAACCAUUACUCUUGAGGUUGAGAGCUCGGACACAAUAGACAAUGUUAAGGCCAAGAUUCAGGACAAGGAGGGCAUCCCCCCAGACCAGCAGAGGUUGAUUUUUGCAGGGAAGCAAUUGGAAGAUGGAAGGACCCUGGCUGAUUACAAUAUCCAGAAGGAGUCUACCUUGCACCUUGUCCUUCGUCUCCGUGGGGGUUUCUGAAUCCUCCACCUUAUGUAGCAACAACUAGCAAUGAUGUUUGUGUCACUGCCAAAAAUGUAUCUGUUAUCUGCUGUUUGAUGUUCCCUUCUGAAUGAUAAUAAAAGUUACCUAUCUUAAGUAUUCA